AUGAAGCCCGAAGAUGUCGAAAAAGCCAACAGCUCGCCUACUCGUGAGAGUCCGGGACAAUUUCACCUCGACAAAAGUGCCUCCAAUAGCUCCUCCAACGACACAGACCUCGCAAAGCUCGACCCCGUGCCGCAACCGCAAUCAAGAUGUCAACGAUGGAUUGCACGCCUGAUAAAUGUGGAGAGUCGCGGCAUCGAGCCCAUUGCUAUCGAAGAUCGAGAGCCAAUAACACCUUCAACCAUACUCCAUAUGCUCUUAAUGUGGUUUAGUAUGACAUUGGCUACAAAUAACAUUAUUGUUGGAUCAAUGGGUACACUCGUCCUAGGCCUCAGCUUUAGGGAUGCGGCCCUCUGUGCUGUAUUUGGAUGCUUAGCUGGCAAUUUCACUGUUGGCUUUAUAAGUACAUGGGGACCGAGAAGCGGAAAUCGAACUUUGAUCGUGGCCCGGUAUUUCAUGGGUUAUUAUCCCAGCAAAGUGUGCAUUAUCCUGAACCUCUUCACCAAUAUCGGGUAUAGCAUGGUAAACAGCGUUGUCGGUGGCCAAAUUUUGUCUGUGGUCUCUGGGGGCCAUCUUUCUGUGAUAGUGGGCAUUAUCAUUAUCGCCGUUUCCAGCUGGGCUAUGGCCCUGUUUGGCAUGAAAAUCUUCCAAUUAUAUGAGCGAGUUGCCUGGUUGCCUCAGCUGAUGGUGAUCUGCGUGAUGGUGGGUUCAGCAGGACCUCAUUUCGAUUUCAAUAUCCAGACGGCAAUGUCGCCAGAGAGCUUAGUUGCCAAAAGACUCACGUUCUUCUCUCUGGCGUUGUCUAUUGCCCUCGCCUGGGCCCCACUCGCCGCCGAUUAUUAUGUCUAUCUCCCGCCAGACAUGAAGAGCUCCCGGACAUUUUUAGUCACAGUCUUCGCUGCCACUAGUGGCAUGUCCAUUGUUCUUCUUAUGGGCGUUGGACUUGGAACCGUCAUCGCCAGCUCGGCACACUACGCUGUCAAGCACGGCAACAGUCCCGGAGAGGUGCUGAUGAUAGCAUACAAUGGCCUCGGAGGGUUCGGGAAAUUCUGUGCUGUUAUCAAUGUCCUUGCCUUGGUUGCCAAUAAUACUCCUGGGGCGUAUUCAAUGGGAAUGAACUUCCAGAUGAUUGGCGGGGUGUUUGGGAAGGUUCCACGGCCAGUCUUCACGACUAUGGCUACUGUUAUCUACGCCGCAUGCGCAAUGGGAGGCCGGGACCGACUAUACGAGGUCUUCAAGUCUUUCCUUCCUCUGAUCGGAUACUGGGUUAUGAUGUUCGUUGUGAUUAUCUUCGAAGAACAUAUGAUCUUCCGCCGGAAUAGAGGCUACGACUGGUCUCAGUGGAACUGUCGCGAGAAACUGCCUUUGGGGAUCGCAGCGGCCGUUGCUUUCCUUAUUGGCUGGUCUGGUGCAAUUGUCGGCAUGUCUCAAGCGUAUUAUAUCGGCCCCCUCGCGCAAAUGGCUGGCGGGGCUGAGCUGGGUCUCUGGUUGGGUGCGGGCUUCACUGCGAUGUUUUUCCCACCUUUACGUGCAUUGGAGCUCAGAUUCAUUGGUCGGUAG